CAGAGAGCACAUUCGCCAUGGGACUUUACGAGCGCCGCGUGUCCCCCACAGCAUCCAUGGAGGCAUACGACGCAGAACAGGACGCGCGCGACUACCACAGCGGCAUUUCGCGCUCUCUGCGGCCACCAGAAGCCUCCGGGCGCCCGAGUUAUUCCUCCUCCUCGUCCUUCCCGCGUUCAUCUUUUCCCGAAGCAGGCCGCCGCCAUAUCUCGCCCGGCGGGACCCAGGACAGAGCCGCCGCAGCGGACAACCUUCUCUCGCUCAUCCAGAUCGUCAAUCCAAGCCGUAAGCCGCAAUACGAGCAAUUGAGACGCGAACACGGAGCAUCAGGCCAUUUCAUGCACCCAGGGCUGGGGCGUCAUCAGCGACUCAGGGAGGGAUUUGGCAGCAUGUCGGGUGCCCUGACGCCUCCUGGCACUGCAGAGGAGCACGUCGGUCGAGGUAGGAAGAGACUGGACCCUCCUACGAGCCCCAAGAAGAGGCGAGUCGGGAGACCUGCGAAAUAUGCCGCUACAGACGACGACGGAGACAUCGCCAAGAGGAAACGACGGGAUAAGAAACCUACGUAUAUAGUCCGUAAAGAAAAGAAGGCACUGCUCGAAGCAGAGCUGGUUCAGCUCAAGCAGCAGGUCAUUCAUCUCAGAAGAGCGAGUGGGAUUCCAGACGCGUUCUUCGCUGAGAAGGAGCAGCUCUAUGCGCGCAUCCAGGACAAUAACAGACUCCGAGCAGAGUCCAGGAAGCAGGACUUGCUGCUUCGAAACGCACACGCUAUUAUGGCGGCCGAGUACUUGAUGAAGUGCCCCGAGAGCCCCAUCGAGACGUUUAUCCAUCUCACGGCCGAUUUAAAGCAAAGACGAGCCGCUCUGGUCCAUUUGAAGGACAAGAAGCUGAGACAAGCCGACGAGUUCAUCACCGAGCGAGCCAAAGUCAUGCCGCGCCUGACGCAUUGGUGUCAGGAGAGCAAAUUUGAGACCGAGGAGGGACAUUUCUGCGCCGAGAAGAUGGACAAUACGCCGUUCCAUGGCGUCAGGUCUGUGCGCCAAGUGUUCGAGGCGCUGCAGUUUUUCUUCCGGAAUAUGGAAAUCAGCAUCUCCGAGAUGCUGGGGGACAUCACAGUGCGCGAAGAUGACGACAGCACAGCGAGCGACGCCUUCUCGAACCACCGACUGGUUAGCACCAUGUCGCAGGGCGUUAAGGUUGAAAAGAACAUUGUGAAGUUCUUUAAACUGGUCGAGCCAGAUGUGGACGACGAGCAGGAAAGACAAGCUCCCUAUGCUCUAGUCGCCACGGACUCGGUGGAUCUGGAUGAUAUGUACCCAUACGUCCCUGAAGAACGCGUGCGAAUGGACAUCAACGCAGCCAUGAAGUUUACGGAACAUUUCUGUAAGAGACCAGCGAACCGGAAGACAAAGACACGCACGCGUCAUCCACUGUAUGGAACGGGGGGCUUUCCGUAUCCUCGGGACCCCGAGGAGGACCAAGACGACGAAUACGAACGUGUGGUGGUCCUAACGCGGUUUUUCCGGGUCAAGUUGCACCAUACAGAGAUGGAUAUCCCUCCCCACGUGCUCCAGGAAGUCCGUCAGGGACUCGCGUGCUUCUCAGACACGAUGGUUCAGAGUAUGCACCGUGUUAUCUACGAGUCUCGUUAACAAACCGUCAUGUUAUCAGAUCCUACGUAACGUAUGUAGAAGUAAGCUUAGUUUGCAGACAUUCAUCCUUUUAACAGCAGAAACAUGCAUACAUGUUUUGUC